UCUGAGCAGAUAGUGGAGAGAAAGAAAUGGGGAAGGUGAACAGUUUGAUGUGCACAAGACCAUGAGUCAAGGUGAAGCUGCAGGAAGGGCAGAUAGGGGUUUUACAGAGAAAGCAGCAACAGCUGCAAGGACACACAACAGCUACAAGGACACACAACAGCUGCAAGGAGCACAACUAAGGACUGACUGUGCAGCUUGCUUUGGGACGGUGGGAAUGGCGCACGAAAGACUCAAGAUGUCCAGUCCACUGGAAGAGGCUCUGGCUGUGAUGGUCUCCACCUUCCACAAGUACUCCGGUCAAGAGGGUGACAAGUUCAAACUCAGCAAGGGGGAGAUGAAGGAGCUUUUGCAUAAGGAACUGCCCAGCUUUGUGGGGGAGAAGGUGGAUGAGGAGGGACUAAAGAAGCUGAUGGGCGACCUUGAUGAGGACAGUGACCAGCAGGUGGACUUCCAGGAGUAUGCUGUGUUUCUGGCACUGGUCACCAUCAUGUGCAAUGACUUCUUCCAGGGGUCCCCAGCCCGGCCCUGAAGCAGAGCGCUCCACGCCCAUAGGGCUCUUUACUUUUUAAAUUUUGUACUAAAUAAACUUUUGUUUCUUCAUUUGUGGA